AUGGCCUCUGAGCACACGGUCACGCAGGCCCUACUAGAGUGGAUCAAUAGCUUCGCGUUAGGUAAAACCAUUAGGACCACGGAUGAACUGACUGACGGGUCCAUCAUCUGGGAGGUCUUGCAGGAUAUCGACCCUCAGUACUUCCUUGACGAACUCCCUGAGCGCAACGCAUCCGACCAUUGGCUGUCCAAACUACAGAACUUGAAGCAUGUCCACAAACUUGUGGUCAACUACAUUCGCCAGCAGCCCGACGGCUGUCCCUCCGGUCUCGAUCUCGCACCUAACCUAGAGGUGGUCGCCGAAAAAAGCUCCCUGAAGGACACCAACAAGCUCCUGAAACUAAUCCUCAUCGCCGCCAUUCGCUCGCCCAACGCGACGUCCUACGUGGAGACUCUUCAGAGCCUGAGUACUCCAGCCCAAGAAACCCUGAAGAAUAUAUUUGAAGAGGCAGAGAAUGGCCAACAUGAGCCCGCUGACCCCGAGGACGACACCAAGGAGGAUUCUACCAAGCGCGACCAUCCCGUCGAUUUGGAGCUACAAUUUGAAGAACGGGUGGGGAAGGUGCUGGCAGAGAAUGAUCGUCUGACGCAUGAGAAGAAGGAACUGGAGAAAGCAUUGGAGGACCUGCACAAUCGUCUGGCCCGGCUUCAGGAGAACAAUGACACCCUGCAAACUCGUCUCGCGUCUACGGAGGAUCGGCUUGGGAACCUUAAAUCCGGCAAAGGCGAUCUAGGCUUCAAUGCGAAAGCCCUCGAAAGCAGAGCUCGCCAGCAGGAAGACAUCAUCGCCUCGCAAGAAACCAGGCUGUCGGCCGCCCAGGAUGAAAACGACAGUCUUCGAAUGACUGUGGAAUCCUUGCGCGUGAAGAACGAACGGUUCCAGCGACUGCAGGAUGAUUACGACGUGCUUAAAACGGAGCGAGACCAGCUGGCCCGGAAAGCCAACGCAGCGGAGAAAUAUCGUUCGAAGCUGCAGGCUAGCCAGGAUUUUGAGAAGGAAAACCAGGCCCUGAAAGUACAGAUUAAGGAUCUACAGCAGCAAUUGAAGGACUCCGAUGCGCAGCAAAGAUGGACUUCGGAGCGCGAAGUUGAACUGGAGGAGUAUCGCAGGGUUCUGCCGCGUAUUGAGCAGGAGUGCGGCGACGUGCAGAGCAUGAAAAAACAACUCGAGUUCAACAAUCAUGCCUUGAAGGAACGUCUCGAUAGUGCCGAAGAACAGCGGGAGAGGGACGAUUCACUGAUCAGCGAGCUGCGAGAACGAAUUCGAGAACUCGAAGGUCCUCCCGGGAGCCCAUCUCUCACUCCAGGAAGUGAAACGCCGAAACUGCAAGGAAAUUUGCAGAAGGAUUUCGAGGAGAUUGGAGUCAAAGAGUCUCAGCUAAAAUCCGAGAAUGAGGAACUGAAGAAAGAGGUCGAGACAUUGCGGGGACCGUCUGCUCCUGUCGAUUCCCAGGUUGAAAGCUUCUCGGAAGCUUUCACCGAGACGCUUCAACGUGCUCGAGAAAACUCCACUCAAGGGGAUGAAUACUGGAAAUUGUACGAUCAGUUCACCACAACGCUCAAAAAGCUGGCGGCGGCCCAGGAUGCCCUCGAUGGCACCAGACGGGCACUUGAUGAUGCGCAAGCUACCACUGGCUUUACCGGCCAAGAGAAGGAAGAUCUGAUCAACAGCCUGCGAGAGAAGGACUCCGCGGAGUUGGCCCAAAUGCGGAAUGAUUGGGACGAAACCAGCCAGAAGGUCCAUUCCCUUCAAGCCGAGAUUGACGCGAGUCUGGCUUUGGUGAAUCAAACUUGCACCGAAAGAGAUGAAUUGCGAGCAGUGCUUGAUGACCGGCAAGCCAUGAUCGCCGAGAGUCGCGUGGAAGACCAUGAGACUAUGGAGGAAAUGAAAGCGCUCUUAGCGGAGAUCGCCGGACAGGACAGCGGUGAUACAUCGGAGGCCUCUCAAAAGUCGGGCGUGGAGCUCACGAAGCAAGUGGUUGCGCUGAUCGAGAAGAACCUGGAAAGGCUGGCCAAGCGUGCAGAGUACAUCCACAAUCAAAACGAACACAUCAAAUUCCUCCAAGAACGGCUGAAGCAUUUUGAGGAGGACACUGAUAAUGGGAUUAGCAGAGAGCGCGAGCUUGAACUCCAGAAAAUCAUCGAUUCGCAAGCUCGGGAACUCACUCUGAUGAGCUCUUCCUGGUACGAGAUUCAAAGCCGGCUACAGAGCAACGGCACGAUCUCGAGAUAUCGGCAUGGGUCUAGUCUUGCCGAUGCGCAGAAAGGCUGGCUAGCAAGACAACGAAGUGUAGUGGCGGGUCGAUAA